ACUGAGUUGUGUAGUUGCCCCUGUUCUCUCCUCCUUUAAUGUAAGAUGGUGGUUUGUGGUGUAAGUAGGUAGCAGCACCUUUAUAAGCUUAUAGAAAAGGCCGGUGCCUUCCUAAAGACAACGGCCCCACAUACAGCAGCGUUCUGUACCGGAGCUUCUGUCCCACACAGGCAGACCUCUCCCUCUACAUCCUGGAGAGGAACCUCCAGUAACACAUAGGCAGGUGUCUGCAGCUCCUCCUGUCCCUGUCUGGUGGAAGCUGUCCAGUCCAGUAGUGUGGAACCGUAGGAUGUCCCGGAACCCCGAGGUGAAGGACGACCAGAUGGAGUGCCCACUGUGUAUGGAACCACUGGAGAUCGAUGACGUCAACUUCUUUCCCUGCACCUGUGGAUACCAGAUCUGCCGCUUCUGCUGGCAUCGAAUCAGGACAGAUGAGAACGGUCUCUGUCCCGCUUGCAGAAAGCCGUACCCAGAGGACCCAGCAGUGUACAAGCCGCUGUCCCAGGAGGAGCUGCAGAGGAUAAAGAACGAGAAGAAACAGAAGCAGAACGAGAAGAAGCAGAAGAUCACAGAGAACAGAAAACAUCUGGCCAGCGUCCGUGUGGUCCAGAGAAACCUGGUGUUUGUAGUGGGGCUGUCUCAGAGGUUGGCUGACCCUGAGGUUCUAAAGAGGCCAGAAUAUUUUGGGAAGUUUGGGAAGAUUCACAAAGUGGUGAUCAACAACAGCACAUCAUACGCUGGUUCACAGGGGCCAAGUGCCAGUGCCUAUGUCACAUACCUCCGGUCGGAAGAUGCUCUCAGAGCAAUCCAGUGUGUCAACAAUGUAGUGGUGGAUGGCAGAACUCUGAAGGCAUCCUUAGGAACAACAAAAUACUGCAGUUACUUUUUAAAGAGCAUGCAGUGCCCCAAACCAGACUGCAUGUAUCUACAUGAGCUGGGGGACGAAGCUGCCAGUUUUACUAAAGAGGAGAUGCAGGCAGGAAAGCAUCAGGAGUAUGAGCAGAAGCUGCUACAAGACCUCUACAAAAUGAACCCGACCUUCCUGCAGACCUCAGCUGUGUCAGGGGACAAGCCAAAGGGCAAAACUAAUUCUCUACAGAGGUCUAACAGUUCCAGUAAAGAUGGCUGGCUGUCAUUACAGCCGUCAGGGAGGACGACCAAUGGUCUGUCACCAGACCACGGGAAGAGUCCGCCAUUAGAUGGCUCUGACUCUGAACACUUGACCCCUGAGGGGCCCGAACCUGACCUCAGCCUUGGCCCAGUACCGGCCCUCUCCCCUUUCUCCUCAAACUGUGAUCUUACUAGCCCCAGCAACAAACUGCCAGACAUUAUCGGUUUAAGCAAUGGUGAAGCCUCACAACUGCUCCCAGGCAGUGACUCUCCAUCGCCCCCUCCUGGCCUCAGUAAGCCCAGCCUGGUAGUUCCCAUCACUGUCACAAGCCACUCAGUUCACUCCCCGUUUGAGGCGGCUGCUGCAGAGUCCCAGUCACUGUUUUCAGACAACAGUAACUUCAGGCAUCCAAACCCACUCCCAAGUGGACUGAGCGGCUUCCCCAGCUCCCCACACAGCAACGCUGACUGGCCUACUGCACCAGAGCCACAGAGCCUCUUCACCUCAGAUACCAUCCCAGUGUCCUCGUCCACGGACUGGCAGGCAGCUUUUGGCUUCGGCUCGUCCAAACAGCAGCAAGAGGACGACCUGGGCUUCGACCCCUUUGACGUCACUCGCAGGGCUCUGGCUGACCUCAUAGAGAACGAGCUCUCUGUAGAAGAUGGCGUCAGCUUAUCCCUUUCACCUGGCUCCUUCCCCCACAGAACUCAUAGGCCCCUGCUAAACAAAGGCCUUGGGCCCCCAGGAGGGUUUCGACUCCUCAACCACCUCCCCCCCUCUCACCACUUUUCUCAGCAUCAGCACCCUCACAGGGGAGGCUACAGUUCCUUCAGCUUCCCCACUCACCCUUCAUCAGCAUUAUCUUCAUCUUCCUGCUCCUCCACCUCCUCCUCCUCUUCCUCUUCCUCAGCAUCUUGUGGGUCCUGGAUGGGUUCCACCUCCUCACACAGUAACUUUAUGCAUUUGAACCACACAGUCAGUCCAACAGCCUCCACCUCACACAGCAGCUUCAUGGACUUGCCAGCGCUGCCAAGACAUCACAAUACUGGACUUGGAGGAAUCCCUAUCACAGAAAACAGCGGUUGCGUAGAGAGCAUAAAUGUAAAGGAGUGGCAGGACGGUCUCCGAGCGCUAUUACCCAACAUCAACAUCAACUUUGGAGGACUUCCCAACUCCUUGUCUUCCUCAUCAUCAUCCUCCUCCUCAUCCAGCAUCAACCACAACCACACAGGACCACCGGGGGUAUCUAGGAGUGUUUCUCACAGCCUCUGCUGGGACAGCACAGCCAGCUGGAGGGACCCCGCCAUCAUCAGAGGGAUCCCAGCCCCCAGUGGCAACAGUCUGGACACUCUUCAAGACGACAAUCCUCCACACUGGCUCAAGUCCUUGCAGACUCUCACAGAAAUGGAUGCCCCGUCCAGCUCAGCCUCACAAAACGGCCCCUUUGGGAACCAGCUGACCCCCCACAGAGCUGGCUGGGCACACUACCCGGCCCCCACCACCCAGUUCCACUCCCCACCGCCAGGCUUCCAGACAGCCUUCAGACCCCCAACACAGACCCAGACAGACCUGCUACAGAGCGCUGCUGUCAACCGCCACUAGGGACUGUCAAAACACACACACACACACACACACACAUACACACACACACACACACAUCAGCACUUCACUUCC